GACUGUAGCAUGUGAUAUCCUCAACCAAUUAGAUUAGAGAUUUAAUAUUUUGUUUUCGAGGGGUAACAUAACCAAACUAAAAAUGUAGUGAUUUCUUUUAAAUUUAAUAAUAAUAUGUCUUCAGAACCACAGGUAUUAAUUAGUGUUAUUGUUCCUAUUUUCAAUGGGUCAUCAUGGAUUGAUCAAUGUUUCAACUCAAUUUUACAACAGGAACUUCGAGAAGACGUAUUUUUGGAAGUGUGUGUCUGCAAUGAUGCCUCAGAUGAUGGCACUGUUCUAUUUUUACAUAAAUGGGUUCAUAUUUUCAACCAAAAGAAAAUCAAAUUGAAAGUUUUUAACAAUGAAUCUGGAACACCAAAAGGCGUUGGUUAUUCAAAAAACAGGGCUGUCGGUAUUAGCAAUGGGGCUUAUUUGUGUUUUCAAGAUAUAGAUGAUGUGAUGUUACCCAACAGGAUAAGAGAGCAAUAUGAGAAAGCAAGGAGUUUACCACGUGAUACAAUUGUUGGUUCACAAUUCAAGAGAGUGCCUGAAAACUCCACAAAUCGCUACACACAAUGGGCAAAUUCUCUACCAGAUGAAAAACUUCAUAUACAAAUUUAUACCUCCCAUGGACCCACCGUAAUUAUGCCCACGUGGUUUUGUCACCGCUCAGUAUUCGAAAGAAUUGGAGGUUUUUCAGAACAAGGAAAGGGUACUCCUGAAGAUUUGAUUUUUUUCUACAAACAUUUAGAUUUGGGCGGAAAAGUGUACAGAGUCAAUCAGUGUCUAUUAAUCUACACUUACCACCCAAGUGCGACCACAUUUUCAGUCAUGGAGGCCACAAUUUGGAAAAUCAGAUUGGAGAGAUUGGAACAUGUGGUACUACACAACUGGCCGAAAUUCACAAUUUGGAACGCUGGAAAACAAGGCCGCAAGUUGUAUAAUUCAUUAUCAGUUGAGUCGCAGAAAAAAGUCACGGCUUUGUGUGAUGUUGAUAAAAAGAAAGUUGGUAAAAUUUACACACCGUUCAAUAGUGAUACUCGAAAAAGUGGAAGAUCUGUCGAUAUUUUACAUUUUAAAGACGCUGAACCUCCCUUUGUGAUUUGUGUAAAAAUUAAUCUUACGAACGGAGAAUUCGAAAAUAAUUUAUCAUCGCUUCAUUUAAUAGAAAAUAUUGAUUACGUUUUGUUUAGUUGAAGUUUUUGUCAAGGAAAUAUAAUCCUCGGUUCAAAUAAAUUCUGCCAGAAAUAAUUGAA